AUGGCGAGGGACAGCAGUGAGCUGCACCUGAGAUAUCAGAGUCAUGUUGCCUGUCAUUUAUGGUUGGGCGAGGAGAGACGACCAAAGCCAACCUUAAAGGUUGCUGCACAUGGCAGCAAAUUAAUAUCAUGGGUUCCGGCAAUGCUCCCAAGGCAGAUGGAAGAUUGGUUAGUUGCAUCUGGCCUGUCAUCUUUGCAGCAUACUAGUUUGGCCAGGGUAGAUACGCAUCUAUUAUCUGCUUUUGUUGAGAGAUGGCAUCCUGAAACAUCGUCAUUUCAUAUGCCGUUCGGCGGGAUGACCAUCACGCUAGAUGAUGUUUCAUGUCUUCUUCAUGUACCGGUUAGGGGCGAGCUGGUUGACUCCGAUGUUGUUGUCACCGAUUAUGAUGCUAUCCAUCUAGCUGUUGAGUUGUUUGGUGUUUCACUGAGUGAUGCAACUACAAAAGCUUCUGCUGUAAGGGGUCCUUACUAUAAAUUGGAUUGGUUGAAGCAAGUUUUUAUGCAACAAAGAGCUGCAAAUAAUUUUACAGGCGCUAUGAGAGCAUACAUGAUGUUGCUAUUAGGUUGUACUAUUCUUGUCGACAAGACUUUUACUCUUGUCGAGGCAAAAUAUCUACCACUGUUGAGAGGUUCGAAUACUUGUGGAAGAUAUUGCUGGGGGGAAGCUGCACUGGUUACUUUGUACAGAUACUUAGGGGAUGCCUCAUUUUAUUCAUGCAAGCAGCUUGGCGGUUAUGCCUCUCUUCUUCAGGUUCAAAAUUUUACUUAUGAUUUAAUUAUACUAAAUAUCUACGGUCACCUCGGUUUUUUUUAG